GGCAACUUCCGGUUUUCCCUCGUGCGGGAGUCAGUCGUCCGGCAACAGGAUCUCUUAUACGGAGACAUCCAAAGACAAGGCGGAAAGGGAGGAGUACAGCUAUAUACCCAAGGGUGAACACCUUUCUGAUUGUAAGUCCGAAGAUAUAGAGGGAGAAGAAGAGACGUAUGUGACUGAUAUGAAGGCAGAAGAUAUAAAGGGAGAAGAAGAGACGUAUGUGACUGAUAUGAAGGCAGAAUAUAGAGAGGGAGAAGAAGAGACGUAUGUGAUUGAUAUGAAGGCAGAAGAUACAGAGGAAGAAGAGACGUAUGUCACUGAUAUGAAGGCAGAAGAUAUAGAGGGAGAAGAAGAGACGUAUGUGACUGAUGUGAAGGCAGAAGAUAUAGAGGGAGAAGAAGAGACAUAUGUGACUGAUAAUAAGACACAAGAUAUAGAGGGAGAAGAAGAGACGUAUGUGACUGAAAUGAAGACAGAAGAUACAGAGGAAGAAGAGACGUAUGUGACUGAUAUGAAGGCAAAAGAUAUAGAGGGAGAAGAAGAGAUGUAUGUGAGGGGAGAUCUGAAGUGUAAGGAGGAGGAAAUGCCUACAGAUAUCAGCACAGCAGAUGGAGGCACAAGCAGGAAUUCCUUGGAGGGAGAUCUCGUCUUGUCUGCAGAUAGUAAAAUAGAAGAGAACAUCACACAGGAUUCUCCAGGAGACAUCCCCAUUAAUCUAACUAUACAUCCAGUACCUCACAGUGCUGAUACUUCAUCUGAUCCCUCUAAUCGCGAUGACUGUUCAUCUAAUACCUCAGAUUUUGUUACACAUCGUGCAGCUCAUACACGUGAUAAAAUAUUUUCCUGUUCUGAGUGCGAGAAAAGUUUUACACACAAAUCACGGCUUGUUACACAUCUGAGAAGUCACACAGGUGAGAAACCAUUUCCAUGCUCUGAGUGUGGGAAAAGUUUUAUACUCAAAUCACGGCUUGUUACACAUCUGAGAAGUCACACAGGUGAGAUGCCAUUUCCAUGCUCUGAGUGUGAGAAACGUUUUCUGUGUAAAGCAGAGCUUGUUAGACAUCAGACACAUCACACAGGUGAGAAACCAUUUCCUUGCUCUGAGUGUGGGAAAAGUUUUGCACGCAAAUCAGAUCUUGUUAUACAUCAGAGAAGUCACACAGGUGAGAAACCAUUUACAUGCUCUGAGUGCGGUAAAAGUUGUGCAGGCAAAUCACAGCUUGUUACACAUCUGAGAAGUCACACAGGUGAGAAACCAUUUCCAUGCUCUGAGUGUGGGAAAAGUUUUCCAUUCAAAUCACGGCUUGUUACACAUCUGAGAAGUCACACAGGUGAGAAACCAUUUCCUUGCUCUGAGUGUGGGAAAAGUUUUCCACUCAAAUCACAGCUUCUUAUACAUCAGAGAAGUCACACAGGUGAGAAACCAUUUCCUUGCUCUGAGUGUGGGAAAAGUUUUGCACGCAAAUCACAGCUUUUUAUACAUCAGAGAAAUCACACAGGUGAGAAACCAUUUCCAUGCUCUGAGUGUGGGAAAAGUUUUAUACUCAAAUCACGGCUUGUUAUACAUCAGAGAAGUCACACAGGUGAGAAGCCAUUUCCAUGCUCUGAGUGUGAGAAAUGUUUUCUGUGUAAAGCAGAACUUGUUAGACAUCAGAGACAUCAUACAGGUGAGAAACCAUUUCCUUGCUCUGAGUGUGGGAAAAGUUUUACACACAAAUCAAAGCUUCUUACACAUCAGAGAAGUCACACGGGUGAGAAACCAUUUACAUGCUCUGAGUGUGGGAAAAGUUUUCCAUUCAAAUCACGGCUUGUUACACAUCUGAGAAGUCACACAGGUGAGAAACCAUUUCCAUGCUCUGAGUGUGGGAAAAGUUUUAUACUCAAAUCACGGCUUGUUACACAUCUGAGAAGUCACACAGGUGAGAAGCCAUUUCCAUGCUCUGAGUGUGAGAAACGUUUUCUGUGUAAAGCAGAGCUUGUUAGACAUCAGACACAUCACACAGGUGAGAAACCAUUUCCUUGCUCUGAGUGUGGGAAAAGUUUUGCACGCAAAUCACAUCUUCUUAUACAUCAGAGAAAUCACACAGGUGAGAAACCAUUUCCAUGCUCUGAGUGCGGUAAAAGUUGUGCAGGCAAAUCACAGCUUGUUACACAUCUGAGAAGUCACACAGGUGAGAAACCAUUUCCAUGCUCUGAGUGUGGGAAAAGUUUUCCAUUCAAAUCAUGGCUUGUUACACAUCUGAGAAGUCACACAGGUGAGAAACCAUUUCCUUGCUCUGAGUGUGGGAAAAGUUUUCCACUCAAAUCACAGCUUCUUAUACAUCAGAGAAGUCACACAGGUGAGAAACCAUUUCCUUGCUCUGAGUGUGGGAAAAGUUUUGCACGCAAAUCACAGCUUUUUAUACAUCAGAGAAAUCACACAGGUGAGAAACCAUUUCCAUGCUCUGAGUGUGGGAAAAGUUUUACACUCAAAUCACAGCUUGUUAUACAUCAGAGAAGUCACACAGGUGAGAAGCCAUUUCCAUGCUCUGAGUGUGAGAAAUGUUUUCUGUGUAAAGCAGAACUUGUUAGACAUCAGAGACAUCAUACAGGUGAGAAACCAUUUCCUUGCUCUGAGUGUGGGAAAAGUUUUGCACGCAAAUCACAGCUUCUUAUACAUCAGAGAAAUCACACAGGUGAGAAACCAUUUCCAUGCUCUGAGUGUGGGAAAAGUUUUACACUCAAAUCACAGCUUGUUAUACAUCAGAGAAGUCACACAGGUGAGAAACCAUUUCCAUGCUCUUAUUGUGGGAAAAGUUUUGCACGCAAAUCACAGCUUGUUAUACAUCAGAGAAGUCACACAGGUGAGAAACCAUUUCCAUGCUCUUAUUGUGGGAAAAGUUUUGCACUCAAAUCACGGCUUGUUAUACAUCAGAGAAGUCACACAGGUGAGAAGCCAUUUCCAUGCUCUGAGUGUGAGAAAUUUUUUCUGCGUAAAGCAGAACUUGUUAGACAUCAGAGACAACAUACAGGUGAGAAACCAUUUCCUUGCUCUGAGUGUGGGAAAAGUUUUGCAGGCAAAUCACAGCUUCUUAUACAUCAGAGAAAUCACACAGGUGAGAAACCAUUUUCAUGCUCUUAUUGUGGGAAAAGUUUUAUACUCAAAUCACGGCUUGUUAUACAUCAGAGAAGUCACACAGGUGAGAAACCAUUUCGAUGCUGUGAGUGUGGGAAAUGUUUUUCAGGCAAAUCGUAUCUAGUUAAACAUCAGAAAUCACACGGGUGUAAAGCAUUACUAUGAUCUGAUACACAACAGGGUUGUAGCAACACUCCAGUCACACAGUGACACUUUUAAGUUACUGCAGAUAAUUGGAAUGUGUGUCAUUAAUAGAAGACUGGAAAAGAUCACUCAGAUGAAACUUACAGUAUUUCUUUAUUGCAGUAGACAGGGCCAGACUGCCCAUCUGUCACCUCUGGCAUAUUCCAGAAGGGCUGGUGGGCUCGUCCGGUUCCACAGAGAGAUGGGAAGGCCACACGCAGCUCUAGCUCUCUGGUUUAGCUGCCCCCACUGCCCAAAGUGUUCAUCUCCAUGGAAAUGGGGGCUUGGAUUUGCUGCACAUCCUUGUGCUUUGCGUUCUUGUGCCCUUUCUCUCCCCCGUGAUGUGCGCUUGCAAGUUUACAAAUGCCCAAUCCAGAUAGGAGCCCCAUAGUGUUAUAUAAGCUUCUAUGGUCCUAAUUCAAGGUUGAUCGCAAAAGGAAAAUCUUCCUCUAAUUGGAAAAUCCAUGUGCACUGCAGGUGGGUCAGAUGUAACAUGUGCAGAGAGAGUUAGAUUUAGGUGGGUUGUUUUCAAACAGAAAUCUAAACUGCAGUGUAAAAUUAAAGCAGCCAGUAUUUCUCUAGCAUCCAUAAGGGAUAUUGGGGACACAUAUUAGUACAAUGGGUAUAGAUGGGGUCCAAAGGAACCAGUGCACUUUAAAUUUCUUCCUCUGUGUGUGCUGGCUCCUCCCCUCUAUGCCCCCUCCUACAGGCAGUUUAGAAAAAAGUGCCCUCAGGAGAGUAUGCACACUCUCUGCUAGCUCCAGAGUUUUUCCUCAUUUUAUUUUAACCUUUUGUUUAUUUCGGUAUGCUGUUUGGGCAACAGCAUACCUGCGCCGUGGGAGUUGGGGGGCGAUCACUGGCCUUGCGAGUUGCAGAGCCGAUUCCCCGCUGCAAGACCACUGUCCUGAGGGGUUGUUCAGCGGGGCACUGCGCCUUUGUUGUCACAACCGCAGCACGCCGCACAUGCCUUACAGAUUUAUGAAGGUUAACGUCGGUGGUGAGUAGAAACCGGGGGCCCUGCUAGGGGGGGUCCCCCGGUUCAUGGUGCUGCUUUCACACGGGUGAGGCAUAUGGGUCCCUCCUGGGGGGGAUCCGCUAUAGCCCCUGUGUAAAACUGGCUAGCGGUUAGCUGAACUAAUCAUGUUUUGGCGACAUGGCCAGUAUAAAUAUAAUCAGUAGCUCCAGCGCCAUUACAGGGGUCGGAGCUACAUCGGAGCGGGCUUAGCGGCAUUUUGGUGCCUUCCUCUGCAUAAGCAGCAGCAGCCUAAUACAGCUCCUCUGGACUCUAGAUUACUGGUACUGUGUGUAGUUUAGGGGAAGAGCCGUUAUUUGUGCACAUUACUUAUUCCUAAAGAGGAAACCGUUGUAAACAAUCAGUUUUCGCUGAUAUAAAAACGCUGACAGCCUCACUGGGGCUCUCUGGUGUGGGUGUGCUGGUGCAUUCUCUGUGUCUUUUCUCACAUGCAAUAGGGCAGGCUUGCAUUGAACAAUGGUCUGUGUUAUAUGUGUAUUGUUGUGUUACUUUUCAUCAUGGUAAAACACAAGUUGCUGUAUGCAGUGUGUGUAACCAGAUUGUCCCCACUCCCAGUUGGUUCCAUUUCAUGUGAGCAGUGUAGUCAGUCCUCACAAAAUGUUGAGGAGAACGUAUGGAGGGUCACGAGGUUUCCUGGCUGGGUGCAAUCAAAACUAUGAUGUCUGAUAUGUCAUCUCCGCUCACUGCAAAUGCCAACAAAACAAGAACUGCAACAAGCAGUAGCAGAUCUAGCUGCCAGGGCUGAUGUUCCCCAUCCCUCUAUCUACUGCAGGUCCACAUAAACGUGCUUUACCUGCACUUCUAUCAGAUACGGAUGAUAUACAGGAUGAUGUUGAUUCCAUAAGUGGGGAUUUCACUCAUACACAGGGUAUUGAACCCCUCAUUUUAGCUAUAAGGGAUGUGCUGAAGCUCCCUCAAGACAAACUGGCUGUCACAUUUCUUCACUCUAAAGAAUUAGAUGAUUUAUUUAAGCUAGUCUGAAAACAUCCAGAUAAGAAAUAUCAGGUGUCAAAACGGUUUUUGCAUACAUUCCCCUUUGCCCAGGAGGGCAGAAAGUUCUUGGAAGAAUCUCCAGCUGUAGAUGUCUCCGUCUCUCGCCUCUCUUAGAAGGCGGUACUCCCGACUCCGGGCUCCUUUACAGUAAAAGACCCGGGGGAUAGAAAAAUUGAGACCACACUGAAAUCUAUCUACAUUGCUGUAGGUGUAUCUCAAAGACUGGUCAUUGCAGUACGGAUGGUGUAAUGGUUAGCAUUACUGCCUCACAGCACUGAGGUCAUAUGUUCAAUUGCCACCAUGGCCCUAACUGUGUGGAGUUUGUAUAUUCUCCCAGUAAUCGCGCGGGUUUCCUCCCACAAUCCAAAAAAUAUACAGGUAGGUUAAUUGGCUCCCAACAAAAUUAACCCUAGUGUGAAUGUGUGUGCGUUUACAUGUGGCAGGGAAUAUAGAUUGUAAGCUCCACUGGGGCAGGGACUGAUGCGAAUGGCCAAAAUAUUCUCUGUACAGCGCUGCGGAAUAUAUGUGCGCUAUAUAAAAUAACUGGUAAAAAAUAAAAAUACAUAAACAAUUGCAGGUUGCUGGAUGACGCAUGCAAUUCAUUCCUGGGCUACUCAAAUUCAGGAGGGUCUCUCGGGUGACAUGACCCUGGUUACUACGGUAACUUCCCUAAAACACAUUCAGGACAUGGCAAGAGUUCUCUGUGACUCCCUAAAAGAGACUGGCAAUAUUAAUGCAAGGACCACUGCUAUGGCUGUGUCAGCACGCAGAGCCGUAUGAUUGCGUCAGUGGAUUGCAGACGCUGACUCCAAACGCAAUGUGGAAUCUCUUACCUUUACAGGUGAAUGGCUCUUUGGAUGCGAAUUGGGCGCAUGGAUCUAAAAAGUUACUGCUGGGAAAUCCACGUUUCUUCCCCCGGGGCUCCUCCUGCUAAACGUAACUAGCCGGGACUGUCUACUCAGUCCUUUCAGUCCACCAGAUUUCAAUCUAGGGCCAGAGGUGCAUCCAAUGCAGCUAGAGACACCAGAGGUAAACCUAAGAAACUAGGCGUUGCUUGCUCUCAGGAACAGAGCACCAGUUCAGCUUCCGCAACAUCCUCAGUAUGACGGUGCCCGCCCACUCCGGGAGGAUCUCAAGGUGAGAGCUUGGUUACGUCACUUCAGCCACAUCUGGGAAAGUUCCUGCCAAGGCGCCUGGGUAAGGGACCUUAUUUCUCAGGGUUACAAGCUGGAGUUCGACGGUGCUCCUCCCCAACAAUUUUUCUAAUCCAGCUGUGGAAAAUAUGUGUGUUACGCUACUACUGGCUAUCACAAAGUUAGUCCAGCCCCAAGUCAUUGUUCGAGUACCCCUGCUACAGCAAGGAUAAGGUUACGACUCCAGUCUGUUCGUAGUGCCAAAACCAGACGGGUCUGUGAGGCCCAUUUUGAAUCUGAAGUCCUUGAAUCCUUACCUAAAGGUUUUCAAAUUCAAGAUGGAAACUUUGAGAGCAGUGAUCGCAGGCCUAGAACAACAGGAAUUCCUAGUGUCCCUGGUGGUCUGCCCAAGAGGCCCUACUUCCGAUCAACAUCCUGGAACUUUGGGCUAUCUACAAUGCUCUGAUUCAGUCCUCACUUCUGCUCCAGGAUCAGGCAAUUCAGGUACAGUUGGACAAUGCCACAGCUGUGGCGUACAUCAAUCGACAAGGAGCGACAAAAAAACGGGCCUGCAUGCGAGAAAUAUCAAGAAUACUCCUCUGGGCGGAAAGAAAUGCAAGAGCACUGCCUGCAAUAUUCAUUCCAGCAGUGGACAACUGGGAAGCAGACUUCCUGAGUCACCACGAUCUCCACCCAGAGGAGUGGGGCCUACACGCAGAGGCGUUACUUACUUGCAAAACACCUGGUACAGCUGAAGGUGAAAGGGGGCGUGACUUCGUGGCAGGGGCAUGGCUUUGCGUCCUGACCCCGUUUUCGGCACAUUGUGGGGCCGGGUGAUGUGGGCUUCCCCCGGAGACUGAUGCAUCUGCAGUGCUGGCUUCUGCACUGUGACAGGAACUGGGUUGCAGCAUGUUAUGAUCUAGUGCAGCACCCGGCUCCUGCCACUGAGCAGGAGCCGGUACUUUGGUGUCACCCAUCAGUGGGUAACACCUGGGUGCAGACCACACCCACCUUGUGACGCAAGUGCCUACACCCUCAGGUGUUUCAACAGAUCAACAACAGGUGGGGUUGCCCCCAGAUCGACAUGAUGGCGUCUCGUCUCAACAAGAAACUUCGCUGCUAUUGCUCGUGAACCAGAGACCCUCAGGCGUGCGCAGUGGAUGCACUGACGUUGCCUUGGCCUUACCAGCUGGUCUACGGAUUUCCUCCGAUUCCAUUAAUCCCAAAGGUACUCAAGAGGAUCCCGCAUCACGGAGUACAAGCAAUUCUGCUUGCCCCGGGGAGUGUGGUACGUGGAUCUUCUGGGCAUGUCCAUAGUAGACCCUAGGCCUCUGCCAGUAAGAAGGGAUCUUCAGCAGGGUCCGUUCGUCUGCUCGGACUUACGGCGGCUUCGUUUGACGGCAUGGAAGUUCAGCGGAACAUCCUAGCUCACAAGGGACUUUCCAAAAAGGUCAUUGCCACUAUGGUGCAAGCCAGGAAACCUGUCACGUCAAAACACUAUCAUCAUAUCUGGUGGAGAUAUGUCUCCUGGUGCGAGGAAUGCACUUAUACAUUUGCUGCAUUCCACUUGGGAAGAUUCCUUCAUUUCCUGCAGGCUGGAGUGGAUAAAGGCUUACAUCUGGGAUUCAUUAAGUUCCAGAUUUCAGCUCUUUCAAUCUUCUUCCAAACGAAGUUGGCUAUGCUGCCUGAAGUUCAGACCUUCUUGCAAGGGGUGCUUCACAUACAACCUCCGUUUGUGCCGCCUACAGCAUCUUGGGAUUUGGAUGUGGUGUUAAGAUUUCUGCAGUCCUCCUGGUUUGAACCUCUGAUGAUGGUGGUAGACUAGUACCUCAUGUGGAAGACAGUGAUGUUACUGGCCCUGGCUUCUGCUAGGCGUGUCUCGGAAUUGGGGGACUUAUCGUGUAAAAGUCCUUACUUGGUCUUUUACGAGAACAGAGCGGAGCUCAUGACUAGACAGCAGCUCCUUCCGAAGGUAGUCUCCGUGCUUCACUUGAAUCGAACUAUUGUGAACCCAUCCAGUUCUGGCACUUCUGCCCCUCCGGAGUCAAUGGAUGUGGUGCGAGCCUUGAAGAUCUAUGUCAAGAGGACGGCUCGGAUCAGAAAGACGGAUUCCUUGUUUGUGCGGUAUGAUGCACAGAAAAAGGGUUGCCCUGCUUCUAAGCAGUCCAUUGCUCGUUGGCUUUGGCUUACUAUCCAUCAGGCCUAUGUGUCGGCAGCCUUACCUGUUCCACAGUUUCUGAAGGCCCACUCUACAAGAUCGGUGGGGUCUUCCUGGGCAGCUGCCCGUGGAGUCUCGGCCCUGCAACUCUGCCGAGCGGCUACCUGGUUGGGGAAGAACAUCUUUGUGAAGUUCUACAAGUUCGAUACCCAGUUUGGGCAUGUUCCCGCCCAUUCUGAAAGCUUAGGGACAUCCCCAUCGUACUAAUGUGUCCCCAAUAUCCCUUAUGGAUGCUAGAAAAAAUAGGAUUUUAAAUACCUAUCGGUAAAUCCUUUUCUCAUAGUCCAUAAGGGAUAUUGGGCGCCCUCCUCUGUGCGGUGACUUUUUCUGCAGGUUCUCUGUUAUGUGUUACCUGUUCAGCUGUUGCCGUUUAUGUUGCCAGGUGUUGCUGGCCAGUCUAUGUUAUGGUGUACUGGUGUGUAAUACUGACCACACUUAUUGUUAUGUUCCUUCUCUCACGUAUGUAAUUUCUCCUUCGGACACUGUUUUACCUAUAACUGCCUGUAGGAGGUAGCAUAGAGGGGAGGAGCCAGCACACCCAGUUGAAGAAGUGUAAAGUGCCCUGGCUCCUUAGGACCCAGUCUAUACCCAUUAUACUAAUGUGUCCCCAAUAUCCCUUAUGGACUACGAGAAAAGGAUUUACCGGUAGGUAUUUAAUAUCCUAUUUUAGCCUUCAUAGAGAUCUGUAGAAUGGUCAGUUAGGAAUGAAUGCAGCACAUCCUAAUUAGUAAUGACUACACCUGUGCACCAGCUAGGUGGUCUGGUAAAUGUGUACUGUUGGUAGAACUCGAGGACUGGUUUGGCCAGCCCUGCUUUAAAGUGACUUGGAGCCAGUACAUUCUUAAGAUUACUUGGUUUUUUUUUAAUUAUUCUUAGUUGUUGUUCUAUGCAGUUCACAAGCACAUUAUCAUGUUUUAAUAAAGAUUUUUUUUUAAAUAAUUUCAUUUGUGUAUUAAACUUUGAGAUAAAAAUAGGGCCUAAAUUUUCUUGGACUUGAUUCAUUUUUGCAUUUUGGAUACAGAAUAAAUUAUGAUUUGUAUUUAGAGGUUCUUUUAAUGCUUUUUUUCAAAAGGCCUCUUGGAUAUCCCUGUGCAACAAAUUCCUCUGUCAGGUCAUCAGCUUGUUGUAUAAAUUGUGUAUCUUUUGAACAAUUCCGCCUGAUUCUUAGGUAUUGGCUCUUUGGAGUAUUCAAUAGCCAGGGUUUGUAACGACAGCUAUUAAAGUUAAGAAACUUACUGCAAUCGACAUCUUUUUUUUGUGUGUAGAUAACCAAACUGUUCCCUUUUACUUGGAGGGCAAUGUCCAAGAAUCUAAUUUUUGUGGGGUGCUUAGUGUUCAUAAAUGUCAAACCAAAAGUGUUGUCAUUUAAAUAAUGAAUAAACGAUUGUGUGGAAAACCCAUCACCUUCCCAAAUAAAGAACAUGUCAUCAAUGUACCGACCAUAAGUCACCAGAUUCGCCCCAAAGGGUCCCACCCAGACGUAAGUCUGUUCAAAGAGUCCCAUAUAUAGGUUUGCAAAACUUGGGGUGAAUCUGGUGCCCAUGGCGCUACUGUGCUUCUGUAAAUACAAUUUGGAAUCUAAAGUGAAAUAGUUGUGUGUGAAUAUAAAUUGAAUGGAAUCAAGAAUAAAGUUACACUGCUAAAGGUAAA